GAAUAAUUUAUGUUCAUAAAAGUACAAAAUUUGUAUUUUUUAUAUAAUAGUAUACGACUAGUAGGUAUAUACAGCACAUAGUUUUGUCAGAAAGCAUGUUCAAUUUUGUGAUGUCAACUGAAGAAAAGCAAACAGGAAAAACAGAAAUGAUGAAGGUACAGAAAAACACAUUGUUAUCUUUGACUCAGUAUACAUGUGGCCUGAAAGCGUUAAUCCUUUCAACUACGGAAAUAUAUACACUUGAACGAGUACAAAGAAAGUUACGCUUUGCAUCUUCCAAAACAAAGGCAAAUUUAUAUUUCAACUUCAAUUUCUUUAACCUCAAUCUUCGUUACAAGAUGUUGCUUGAAUGAAUACUUUAAGACUUACAAAAAUCAAGGGAGUAAUGAGAAAACAACCAACGAACAAGGGCUUACCGAGUGUUAGGAGACGGCCCUUUUACAAUACCAGCGGA